CCCAUUCCCGCACCUCCGCGCCCACCCGGCAACGCUACGGGGAGCCUCUCUCUGUCCGGCCCCCGAUGCGCUCGGCGGCCGCAGAUCCUCGGGGCCCAGCAGCGGCCAUCGAGCCUCGCCGCCUACCUGCGGCAAGGUGGCCCGGACGGCGCUCGCUCCCGAGGCCAGAGCGGCGGGGCGGCGGCAUCGCAGCUCCGGACCCGUAUCCCUCCGCCGCCCCUCCUCCGCCCGGCCCCGGCCCCCCUCCCUCUGGGCAGCGCUCGCCUCCCUCCGCCUCAGACUGUUUUGGUAGCAACGGCAACGGCGGCGGCGCGUCCCGGCCCGGCUCCCGGCAGCUCCUUGGAUUCGGCGGGCCUCCCCGCCCAUUCGUCGUCCUCCUUCUCCCCCUCGCGGGCCCGGGCGCCCCCCCGGCCACGCUAACCCGCGCCUCCCCGUUCGGCGCCCGCGCGUCCCCGCCGCGCUCCGGCGUCUCCUCGGCGCGCCCGGCUCCCGGCUGUCCCCGCCCGGCGUGCGGGCCGAUAUAUGGGCCCCUCACCAUGUCGCUGAAGCCCCAGCAGCAGCAGCAGCAACCACCCGCAGUCGCCAAUGCCCGCAAGCCCGGUGGCGGCGGCCUUCUCACGUCGCCCGCCGCCGCGCCGUCAUCGCCUUCAGUCUCAUCCUCGGCCGCGGCUUCCUCCUCCUCGGUGGCGGCGAGCUCUGGCGGCGGGCGGCCGGGCCUGGGCAGAGGUCGAAACAAUAACAAGGGACUGCCUCAGUCUACGAUAACUUUUGAUGGAAUCUAUGCAAAUAUGAGGAUGGUUCAUAUACUUACAUCAGUUGUCGGAUCCAAAUGUGAAGUACAAGUGAAAAAUGGAGGUAUAUAUGAAGGAGUUUUUAAAACAUACAGUCCUAAGUGUGAUUUGGUACUCGAUGCUGCACAUGAGAAAAGUACAGAAUCCAGUUCAGGGCCAAAACGUGAAGAAAUAAUGGAGAGUAUUUUGUUCAAGUGCUCAGACUUUGUUGUGGUACAGUUUAAAGAUAUGGAUUCCACUUACGCAAGAAGAGAUGCUUUUACUGAUUCUGCAAUCAGUGCUAAAGUGAAUGGUGAACACAAAGAGAAGGACCUGGAACCCUGGGAUUCAGGUGAACUCACUGCUAAUGAGGAACUAGAAGCUUUGGAAAAUGAUGUUUCUAAUGGAUGGGAUCCCAAUGAUAUGUUUCGAUAUAAUGAAGAAAACUAUGGCGUAGUGUCUACAUACGAUAGCAGUUUAUCUUCAUAUACGGUGCCCUUAGAAAGGGAUAAUUCGGAAGAAUUUUUAAAACGAGAAGCAAGAGCAAACCAAUUAGCAGAAGAAAUUGAAUCAAGUGCCCAGUACAAAGCACGGGUGGCCCUGGAAAAUGAUGAGAGGAGCGAAGAAGAAAAAUACACAGCAGUUCAAAGAAAUUCCAGUGAACGUGAGGGUCACAGCAUAAACACUAGGGAAAAUAAAUAUAUUCCUCCUGGACAAAGAAAUAGAGAAGUCAUAUCCUGGGGAAGUGGGAGACAGAAUUCACCGCGUAUGGGCCAGCCUGGAUCAGGCUCCAUGCCGUCAAGAUCCACCUCUCACACUUCAGAUUUCAACCCGAAUUCUGGUUCAGACCAAAGAGUAGUUAAUGGAGGUGUUCCCUGGCCAUCGCCUUGCCCAUCUCCUUCCUCUCGCCCACCUUCUCGCUACCAGUCAGGUCCCAACUCUCUUCCACCUCGGGCAGCCACCCCUACACGGCCGCCCUCCAGGCCCCCCUCGCGGCCAUCCAGACCCCCGUCUCACCCCUCUGCUCAUGGUUCUCCAGCUCCUGUCUCUACUAUGCCUAAACGCAUGUCUUCAGAAGGGCCUCCAAGGAUGUCCCCAAAGGCCCAGCGACACCCUCGAAAUCACAGAGUUUCUGCUGGGAGGGGUUCCAUUUCCAGUGGCCUAGAAUUUGUGUCCCAUACCCCACCAAGUGAAGCAGCUGCCCCUCCAGCAGCAAGGACCAGUCCUGCAGGGGGCACCUGGUCGUCAGUGGUCAGCGGGGUUCCAAGAUUAUCCCCCAAAACUCACAGACCCAGGUCUCCCAGACAGACCAGUGUUGGCAAUACUCCUGGUGGACCAGUUCUUGCUUCUCCCCAAGCUGGAAUUAUUCCAGCUGAAGCUGUUGCUGUGCCUGUUCCAGCUGCAUCUCCUGCACCUGCCAGUCCUGCAUCCAACAGAGCUGUUACCCCGUCUAUUGAGGCUAAGGAUUCCAGGCUUCAAGAUCAGAGACAGAACUCUCCCGCAGGGAAUAAAGAAAAUGUAAAACCUAAUGAGACCUCGCCUAGCUUCUCAAAAGCUGAAAAUAAAGGUAUAUCACCAAUUGUUUCUGAGCAUAGAAAACAGAUUGAUGACUUAAAGAAAUUUAAGAAUGAUUUUAGGUUGCAGCCAAGUUCUACUUCUGAAUCUAUGGAUCAACUGCUAACCAAAAGUAGAGAGGGAGAAAAAUCAAGAGAUUUGAUGAAAGACAAAAUUGAACCAAAUGCUAAGGAUUCUUUCAUUGAAAAUAGCAGCAACUGCACCAGUGGCAGCAGCAAACCAAACAGCCCCAGCAUUUCCCCCUCGAUCCUCAGUAACACGGAGCACAAGAGGGGACCUGAGGUCACAUCCCAAGGGGUUCAGACUUCCAGUCCAGGAUGUAAACAAGAGAAAGAUGAUAAAGAGGAGAAAAAAGACGCAGCUGAGCAAGUGAGGAAAUCAACAUUGAACCCCAAUGCAAAGGAGUUCAACCCUCGUUCUUUUUCUCAGCCAAAGCCGUCUACCACCCCAACUUCGCCUCGCCCUCAAGCACAGCCCAGCCCGUCUAUGGUGGGCCAUCAGCAGCCAACCCCAGUUUAUACUCAGCCUGUUUGUUUUGCACCAAAUAUGAUGUAUCCAGUCCCAGUGAGCCCAGGCGUGCAACCUUUAUACCCUAUACCAAUGACGCCCAUGCCAGUGAAUCAAGCCAAGACAUAUAGAGCAGGUAAAGUACCAAAUAUGCCCCAACAGCGGCAAGACCAGCAUCAUCAGAGCACCAUGAUGCACCCAGCCUCGGCAGCAGGCCCUCCGAUCGUAGCCACCCCACCAGCGUAUUCCACACAGUAUGUUGCCUACAGUCCUCAGCAGUUUCCAAAUCAGCCUCUCGUUCAGCACGUGCCACAUUAUCAGUCGCAGCAUCCUCAUGUCUACAGUCCUGUAAUACAGGGUAACGCUAGAAUGAUGGCACCGGCAGCACACGCCCAGCCUGGUUUAGUAUCUUCUUCAGCAGCGCAGUACGGGGCCCACGAGCAGACGCAUGCAAUGUAUGCAUGUCCCAAAUUACCAUACAGCAAGGAGACAAGCCCUUCUUUCUACUUUGCCAUUUCUACCGGCUCCCUUGCUCAGCAGUACGCACACCCUAAUGCUACCCUGCACCCACAUACUCCACAUCCUCAGCCUUCAGCCACCCCCACCGGACAGCAGCAAAGCCAGCACGGCGGAAGUCACCCUGCACCCAGUCCUGUUCAGCACCAUCAGCACCAGGCCGCACAGGCUCUCCAUCUGGCCGGUCCACAGCAGCAGUCAGCCAUUUACCACGCGGGGCUCGCUCCAACCCCACCUUCCAUGACACCCGCCUCCAAUACGCAGUCGCCACAGAGUAGUUUCCCAGCAGCACAACAGACCGUCUUUACAAUUCAUCCUUCUCAUGUCCAGCCGGCAUACACCAACCCACCCCAUAUGGCCCACGUACCUCAGUACAAGCCCACCACCAGCAGCAGUUGUAAGGCUGCCCUGGAGGAACCGAAAGGCCCAACUCCCUCCUCCCUUCUCCUGCUUCUACCAACUGGAGGCACAGAAAACUAGAAUUUCACUUGUUUUGUUUUUUAAAAAUAUAUGUUGAUUUCUUGUAACAUCUGAUAGGAAUGCUAACAGUUCACUUGCAGUGGAAGAUACUUGGACCGAGUAGAGGCAUUUAGGAACUCGGGGGCUCUCCCACACUUCCAUAUGCUGUUUCAGAGUCCUGCAAGUGCCCAGCUCUGCUUGCUGAAACUGGAAGUUAUUUAUUUUUUAAUGACCCUCAAAAGUCAUGAAUACAUCAGCUAGCAAAAGUAACAAGAGUGAUUCUUGCUGCGAUUACUGCUAAAAAAAAAAAAAAAUCAAGACUUGGAACACCCUUCCACUAAACUUGACAAAGUUUCAGUAAAUUCUUACCGUCAAACUGAUGGAUUAUUAUUUAUAAAUCAAGUUUGAUGAAGUGAUCACUGUCUACAGUGGUUCAACUUUUAAGUUAAGGGAAAAACUUUUACUUUGUAGAUAAUAUAAAAUAAAAACUUUAAAAAAAAAUCAAAAAAUAAAAAAAGUUUUAAAAACUGAUAUCCAGUUAGUGUGUGUUUGUAUAAGCUGCUAGUUAAUAUCAAGGCAGGAGGGCUGAGUGUGGAAGGUUAGUUGUCAAAUGAUUUUUCUUCUUCACCUUUAGUUCUGGUUCAAGGUUUCUCUAGAAAAAGACAAGACUGAGAUACUCUCUCUGGUGGAUAGAGAUCUGCUUCAGGAGGAAGGUGGGCAGCACUGAAAUCCACAUGCUCAGCCUGACGCUGAUUCUGUAAGCUUCCUUUUUAGAAUCUCUGGAACCCGGAUGAAUGUGUGUGUUAAGUCGGUUGUCCUGAUUAAGGCAUCUGUUUUACCAGUAGGGGGCAGGAGAUACUGUUUUAAAAAGCUGUGAUCUUAGAUUUGCCUGAAACUAAUAUCAUAUGUCAACUGUAAUUGAAAAAUAAAAAUUCACUUUAAAAAACCAGAUGGUGCGGGGGGAGAAAAGAAAAAAACUUUGAUAAAGAAACCCAGAGGGCAUAAAAGAUGCAGUGAUGUACAGAGUAGCUUGUGACUGUAGGUGUCUAAGCAUUUGUGAAUGUCCCCAGCUUGUGGGAGGAGGACAGAGAGACAGCAAGUGGUUGAGCAGGGCACAGGUUCUAGAGAGACCGAGUUGUGAUGGAUGGAGCCUUUAAAUUUUGUUGGCAACAAGUCAAGAUCCUGAAAACUUUUUUUAAUUCAUAUUUAGCAAUUUGUACACUAUAGCAAAAUUUGCAUUAUUCAAGAAUAAGUUACUUAUACAGUACAUAAAACAAUAUGUAAAAAUUUGCCAAAGACCUUCUGCCUAUAAUGGUACAAGAUGAACCCAUUUUCUGUGCUGUUACAAUGUGCUCUUAUUCCAACCAAACACUGGAGCCAGAUGCGUCCCUGUGGAGAGGCGGUGGGUAAGGUGCUGCAGGCUCCUGCGGGAGGUGCCAGAGCUCAUGUGAAGUUCUGAUGAGAGACUUAGCCCUGAAUGAAAACAAGCAUGAAGAAACCACGGGCAACCCUUAGGGAAGGGAAGAGUUCAAGGCCUUGACUUUAGGUUAAGAAACUGUUAUAUAAAAAUAGUGUUCUCUGGUCUAAGAUUUUAACGAUUGCUAUUCCUUUUUCCUACCCAGUCCAGAAAUGAUCAAAGGCAGAAGAUUUAUACCAGAUACAGCCAUAUGGAUUGCUGGUCUAAAAUUCAAGGCAGGUUAGUUGACUUAAUUCUUUGGUGCUGGUGACUGUUAGUUUGUAAAAGUCCGUUAGAGUCAGACUAAGGGAGUGGUGGUGCUAGGGCAGCCAGGCCCCCCUUGGCGUCUGUGACCAGGGGUACCCGACGGGACCGCGGUGCACUGUCCCUUUGGCACCAAGCGUGGGCUCUCAGCGGAGGCUGCAGCCUUGGCCUCUUGCUGCCAGCGGUGGUCACGUCAGGACUGGAAGGAGGGCGGCAUGUGCUAUCGUGCUGGGGGGCUGGCUGCUACCUGCAGGGUCACUGUGAGGGCGUCCAGCCAAGGGGCCCACUGCUCCCUCUCGUGCACCCUGACCUGCUCUAGCAUCAGGGAGAGGCAUGGGCUCGGUGUUACUUCUUCCCAGGUCAGGACAGGGCUUUCUGUCAGAAUGUACUUGAGUCGUCCUGGCAACUCGGAUGUUUAGGGAAAAAUGCUUUUUGUGAAUACUUCACAUGGAAGCAGCCUGCAGGUGGGUGACUUCUAGUUCUGUCAGUCUGAGCUUGGACUUUGGAGCCAGGGGUCAGUGCUGCUCGUCUAC